AUGACUCCACAGACAACACUGUUAACCCUCUCGACCUCAUAGUUGCACUCUUUCUUUGUGCCGACAGCUUCUUGCAACAGGAAAUGGCCCUCAAGAUGUCAAUGUGUCAGUUUUCUGUCCCACUGCUGUUGCCUCAUGUUAAUAACAGUCAGUCUACUCUGAUGCUGUGGGCUCUGAGAGACAUCGUCAAAGAGUGGCGUCCACAGGAUUUGUCUGAAUCAAGAGGAUUUGUUGAAGACAGCAUUGUUCAAGCAGAUAUACCAUUCUUUACCUUUGUCAGGCUGAAAAACUGUAGUCUCUCCAAGUCACAGGUUUUGAAUCAUGUUCUCAAUUGUGGCCAACAGAAUCAGAACAUCUUCAUACACAGAGAUAUGAAAGGAGGAGCACUUACAAGAAGAAUUGCCAACGGUUUGGUGGAGGUUUGCUGGUUCCUUCCCUGUGGCAGAGAAAAUAUCGACAUAUUUCCAGGACCAGUUGCCUUUGCCAAUUUGAGAGGAGACAUUUGUGAGUCCGAGGCACAAUUCAAAUUUCUUUUUCAAGAGUCAACUGCUACCUUUGUGUUCCUGGAAAAAGUUGAAGAAAAUGAGCACAAGAUUCUGACUUCUCUUCAAGAUGUGAAAUCCAAACUCUUCUUGGUUGUUAAUCGCAAGGAAAACUCUAGAGAGGACAAGUCUGUUAAGAAAACACUGAAAGAGUUACAGCUACCAAAAAGCAGUGUGAAAAUUAAAAACUCAAGUAGAAAUGUAGCAGAGUUUUCAGAGAAACUUUGUAUAACCAUCAAGACCUCACUGCCAGAUGUAUCAGCCACACAGAACAUUGUUAAUAUGGUUGGAAAAGCCGUUGAGCUUCUAUCUGUGGAUGAAAACACAAGUGACAAGCAGAAGAAAGCAGCUGAGGAGAUCAUGGUCGACAUUGAGAAGCUGAGUAUACCAGACUACAAGAAACAACAACUUCCUCUGCAGGGAGAAAACUGGAAAAGAUUAUCACAGUUAGAGAAGAAGGAGUGUAGAUUGAAAUGUGGUGAGUCAGGCCUUGAAGAGUAUAAAUGCCAACUACGGGAAAAAAAAAAAAAAAUUAGGAAGGAGCAAAGCAAACAAAAACUGUCUGAAGGAAUGAAUAGUUUUAUUAAAACUGUAUCUACAAGUGACAAGGAGAAAAGAGAUUUUUUUCUUAAGUGGAUGAAACUUAAGCUUGAUACACAUUCACGGAUCAAACAGUCUGAGCUGCGCUACAAAUUUAAAGAGCAAUGCAAGAAAAAAGACAAAAAUCAAACAUCAGAGUUAGAUCAGGCUUUGCUGGAAAGCUCGUUAGGAGUAGAGCAUUACAUGAGAGAGAUGGGACUCAUCUAUGAGUUCUCAAUUAAUGGCUCAAUAAACACUGCUGAUGAAAUAUCUCGUCUGCCUGGUUUGGCUGCUGAAAUGAUGUUGGAUGGAUUUCCUUUAGAGCUCUUGGAUGGAGAUGUUUCCAACAUCCCAGAGAGAUGGGUGACAGAUGUGCUGAUGGAGCUUCACAAGAAGGUUGGAGAACACAGCAGACUGUUAGUACUGACUGUGCUGGGUGUUCAAAAUACAGGGAAGUCAACACUCCUCAACACCAUGUUUGGUGUGCAGUUUCCUGUCAGCAGCGGCAGAUGCACAAGAGGAGCUUAUAUGCUCUUCCUCAAAGUUGGAGAGGAUAUGAAACGUGAGUUGAACUGUGAUUUUAUAGUUCUCAUUGACACAGAGGGUCUAAAGUCUCCUGAUCUGGCAGAACUAGAGGGCAGUUAUGAGCAUGACAACCAGAUGGCAACCUUUGUCAUUGGUUUAAGUGAUGUCACCAUUAUUAACAUCGCCAUGGAAAACUCAACAGAAAUGAAAGAUAUCCUGCAAAUUGCUGCUCAUGCUUUCCUGAGAAUGAAAGAAAUUGGUAAAAAGCCAGUUUGUCAUUUUGUGCAUCAAAAUGUUGCUGAAGUUUCAGCUCAUGCAAAGAACCUAACAGAAAGACAGCAUCUUCUGGAUCAGCUCAAUGAAAUGACACAAAUUGCUGCUGAAAUGGAAAGGAAGCCUUCUAUUAAAGCAUUCACAGAUGUGCUGGACUAUGACAUGGACAAAAACAACUGGAACCUCCCAGGACUCUGGCAUGGAACCCCUCCGAUGGCACCAGUGAACACAGGUUACAGUGAAGCUGUAGCAGAUUUAAAGAAAACUCUUUCGGAGACAAUGAAAACAAACGGAAGCAAUGAAGUCUCACAGAUCCCAGACUUUCUAGAAUGGAUGAGAAGUCUCUGGAAAGCUGUGAAAUAUGAGAACUUCAUCUUUAGUUUCAGAAACGUUCUUGUGGCUCAGGCCUAUGAUAACCUUUGCAAAGAGUUCAGUCAAUGGGAAUGGCAGCUCAGAAAAGAAAUCCUCUCCUGGCAACAAGAAGCAGAGUUGGAAAUCUUAAAUUCUGACAAUGAAUCUGAUAUUCAAACUUGGAGUGCAUUUGUUGAAUCAAAAAAAUCUGAGGUGUCAAAUAAAACAGCAGACGAAGAAAGAAAAAUGAAGGAGAAACUUACCAACUAUUACAAAAAGAAAGACCAGAAUGUAAAUCUGAUACAAAAAUACAAAAGUGACUUUCUCAAAAGUAUCAGUAGUCUUGCUCAGGAAAUCCGACAUUCAGCAAACAAUAAAUUGGAAUGUGUCCUUGAGCUAAAAAUUAGUUCAAAACAGGUUCAAGAUAUUCAGAGGAAAUACAGAGGCAGGAUUGAAGAAAAAGUCAUGAAGCUCCUGAGUGACUGUAAAGGCUCCACACUGUCUGAUGAACAGCUGACAGACGAGUUUGAAAAGAUGUGGACUGAAGCCACUAAAAAUGUGUCUGGCCUGAAAGAGCGAGAUAUUGCAGCAUGUGUCCUGGAGCAGUUAAGAAGACAUUUCUCAAAUCAGAAUGUUAAUGAGGAAUUGCAGAAUAUUAAAGAUCUGAAGGAUUUUGGGAAGGAUCCAUUUAAAACCAAACAUGGUCAUAUAGACUCCUAUAAGGAAAAGUUAAAACAUCUGUGGAAGGGAGAAUUGCAAAACUUUGUUGACACAGUUAUUGAGUCUUGCAAAUUGUUUGUGCUUGAUAAAGCAAACACAGAUUACCAUGAUUCUUUUACAAAAGCUCUUCUUGAAAAAAUAGAUGACUACCUCGAUCAAAAUUACAAGCAUCACAAAACAAAUGCAAAAUUUGGGAUUGACCUGAAACUUCACAUUUGUGGCAUUGCCUCAAGGGAAUUCCUCAAAAUGCACAGAAAAUACUUGUCUGAUAAUGAUCCCCGAACUCAGCUGGAGAAAUACAAGAGACAGUAUUUGUCAGAUUUUCUUGAUCUAUACAAAGAUAGAGAUGAUUGUCAGCGCAAAGCAAAUGAUUUUGUCAGAUGUUGCAUCAAACCUGCUGUGGAAGAGUACAUCAAUAGAUCUUUGGGAAUACAAAUUUUGGAUGAAAUUUUGAAAGGUUCUCAUUCAGCAGUGUACAGCUCCCGCUCCUUUUUCCAGUAUAGCCUUCAGGAAGAGUUGCUGCAACAGGAUGACUUCAGUUUUUUUACCCCGUACAUUGUUAUGUAUGAAAUAUAUGUUAAGGAUUGGAUAAUUCAGCAAAUCCAGAAACAAAUGUCAGAGGACAAAACUUUGUGCAACCUGAAGAACAAGAACCUUCAAGUCAUAGUUGAUAAAAUCACAGCAGCAUUAGAGCAGGCCUCAAAAGGACCAGGUGGUGUUCAACUGCCAGACAACAAUAAAAGCAUCAAAAAGCUCAUCAGCAACAUGCGGAAGUAUUUGAUUAAAGACAUCUCAAUCUCAGUGGAGGAUGAAAAAACCACCUUGUUUCAAGUCAGAAGCACAUGUCAUCCAUUUAUCAACAGCCUCAAAAUGUCAAUAGAAGACUUGAAAGAACAGCUUCAGGAGGAAUUCUCAAAGUCUGAAGACAUCACUGAGACUCUGAUCAAACUUCCAAUCAAACCACAGGAUGAGCUUUUCAAGAGAGUGUUUGGUUGUGGAAAGCAAUGUCCAUUCUGUAAAGUUCCCUGUGAGGCUGGAGGAAGAAAACACGAUAGGCAUCAUGCAGCUGUUCAUCGACCACAAGGUCUCGGUAGAGUCAGGAAUGUAGACACUGAGAAGCUGAUUGAAACACUGUGUACAACUGAUGUGCACAGUGACCGUAAAUUCAGAAACUCAGAUACUAAAUGGGAGUUUCAACCUUACAAAGAGUACACCAAGUACUAUCCAGACUGGAACAUUCCACCAGAUUCCAGCAUAGAGUCAUCUGACUACUGGAAGUAUGUACUGGUACGAUAUAAUGACAGAUUUGCUGAUAUAUACACUGCUGAGCCAGCUGAUGUUCCAGAGGCCUGGAGAGAUAUCACAAAGGAAGAAGCACUGAAGGGGUUAAAAGAUGCCUACAGCAUAAAGUGA